AUGGACCCACGAUCGCGGCGUGUCCCGUCAGCUGCUGUGGAUGACGGCGCUUCCAUUUGCUCGGACUCAUCCCAUCGGCUGCGCCCCGCCGAGUCACGCUAUUCACUGCGCGAGCACUUCGCCGUGACCAAGCGUGAGUACGAGUUUGGCUUCGACGACGCGUCCUCGGUUCUGGAACGCUCCACGCUGGCGUCCGAGGCCCUUCGCGGCGAUGAACUCGAUGACACCGUCGUCCUCGAGACCGAGGUGGCCCCUUUCUCCGACGGCAGCGCCGUCUACCGCGACUGCUACGAGCUGCUGUGCUUGCCGAGGGGACCGGCACUAUCCCCCGAGCAGGUCCACCGCGCCGCACGCCGCGUCAUCCAGGUCCUGGCGGUCGACAGGCAGCCACCGAGUCUGCAAAGCACAGCGGCCUUCCACCUCGGCCUCGCCCAGGCCGCCUUUGAGACCUUGGUGGAGCCAUCCCGGAGACUGGGCUAUGAUCUGUCAGUGGCCGACGACGAGCCGGACUCGGAUUGCGAUGAAGCUGUUGCCGUUGAGGACGACGGCGAGUGUUCCGGGCCAGAAAGAAAUGGCAGCUACGAGGGCCGGCUCCAAGAGCAGUACCUCCUCCUGACGCAACGGGAAUCCAGAGCAGGUACCGACCUCGGCUUGCGAGUAGAUGCCACAUCUUUGGUCGCACCGCAACUGGGUUCGCGGCGGCAUGGCUCAGGGCCGGGGUUCUUGGACUUCUCCCUCCGUAAGUCGGCCACCACAAGUGUGCCGGCUCUACGUGGGGUUUUGGAGAGAACUGCGUUACUGUUCGAGGAGCUCGCCCCCAGAGCGGCGUCCGGUGUUCAAGCUGGGCCGGCCUUCCACUUAUCCGAUCCGACAGUAACCAUCACUGGGUCGGCACAUGGACUGCUGGAUGAACCAUUCAAGCUGGCCCCGCUGCUCCUUGACCGCUACCAGCCCCCGGGCCCUUCAAUCCAUGGGCCGAGGCGCAUGGAGCAGCUGUUGGCGUCCCGUUUUCUUCCUGUGCUGCACGUACACCUUCGAGAGGAGCUCUGUGGGCGAGAAAAUGGGCGUCCGGGAGGCGUCCCUGACCUUGUUGUCGAGCAGGAGCUGGAGCUGCUUCCUCAGCUGUCGACGACUACGAGAAUAGCGCACUCCUUCAAUCUUCCAGCCAGCGAUGAGCCUCUCAGCGUCGAGGUCUCUGCCCAGAAGAUACUCACACGGAGGGGUGGUUCAGCUCCCAGCGUGGGGUUGGCCGUCCACCAACGAGUCGGCCCUGGCACGGCUUUUCUUGUCGCCGACGGCGGCGAUUGGAACUUUUGGACUUCCAAAGAAUGCCAAGAUCUCUCCCGGUUUGCGAAGAUCUCCGGGGCCUUUGCGCCGGUCAUCGACGUCUUCCGGAACCCUCCAACCGUCGAGGUUGGCUAUGCCUUUGGCCGGCACGAUCUAGGCUUGCAGUCCGGACAAGCCCUCACCAAGCCUCGUGAAAGGGGCCUGACGGCAUUGGACUGCGACGUUGACGAGAACAAGCCCGGCUCCUGGACCGUAUCGACAGGUCUUACCCCGGGAAGCGCAGCUGCCUACCUCCGCUACGGCAGGGACCUCUUCUCCUCCUCGCCCACUUCCAAACCCGCGCGCCGCCACAAGCCCGGUUUCCGCGCAGAGGUCGAGCUGGCCGGCACCACCAGCCACGACUUCUUCAUCGCCUUCCGCGCACUCAAACGAAUCGGCCGCUUCUCCAAGGCCGGUCUCGAGCUCGCCCUCUCGCCGAGCAACCUGCACCUCUCGCUGUACUGGUCGCGCCUCGGCCAGAGAAUCAGCCUCCCGCUGUUACUCGCCGCCCACCGAGCCCGACUGGUCGGCACGACGACCACCAGCACCAAGCUCCUCUUCUGGACCACCGUCCUCCCCUUCGCCGCCCUGGCGGCCUGGCAUCUCUACCGCCAGCGCCGGCACGGCCGCCGGUCAACCAAAACCACGACCACCACCCCCGGCACCACCACCACCACCACCACCAACAACAACAACAACAACAACAACAACAACAACAACAACAACAACAACAACAACAACAACAACAACAACAACAACAACAACAACAACAACCGACAAGAGGACAAGCAAAAGCACCACCAAGCGGCGACCAUCGCGCGCCUCCGCGCCGAAGCCGACUCGCUGACGGCGGUGCUGGCGACGGGUGUCGAGCCGGCGCAGGCGGCGGGGCGCGCGCGCGGCGGGCUGGUGGUGCAGAGCGCCAAGUACGGCGUGCGCGGGGCGCCGCCGGAGGAGGUGGCGGACGAGCUGCGGCUGCCGUGA